AUGCCAAAGAAGAGGAGUGAACAUGGCUCUGUGAGUGGAAAAGCGUCGAACAAGAGCUCUUCACGAGGUUCAGCUAUGCAAGCUACUCCACUAGUUGAAGACACGGUGCUUCAAUCGCUCUCUAAGGAGUUAACUUAUCUGCACAACCGUGUUUGCGUGUUGCCUAGUGACAGCCCUAUUCAAGUUCCACUACCUAAGGAAAUGUUCCAUUACGAUGAUGAUGCAAUGGCAUGGCUAUUCAAAGAAGAUGUGAAGGAAUUUCUAAGUGGUGCAAUGCUUAACAUUUCCCUCAUUCAAAUAUGCAUCAGAGCACUCCAGGAGCACUUAUGGGAGCUUGGUUCUCCAUGUCAAAUUGGGUGGUUAUGCCCUGAGCAGAUCUCCACUGCUAGAAUCUUAGGCAACCACGCUGACGUGUUGUACUAUGUUGAACGGGGUAUCAAGGAAUCAGUGCGUGCGGGAGACAUGUUUAUAUUUGCCCCAUAUUAUGAGGAGUACAUCAGAUUAUGCUUGUUAAAUUCAUUUGUUUUCCCAGUUUAUAUGCUGCACUUGCCUAAUAAUUGA